CUUUUUCGCCCGGAAGUACUCGAAGUGUUCUCGAGUGCAGUACGUCGCGAAAAUGGUUAACGUUAGCUAAUCAUGUCAAUCUAGAUUUUAGAGCGAUAGGGAAUGCAUUUGACGAAUUAAAAGACAAUAAUUAUAUAUUUUUUUAUAUUUUAUUGCCGGAUACGUCAAAAACGAAGGUGAAUGUCAAUGUCACACCUGUAUGGACGGAGGAGGGCAGAGGAGGAUGGCGUAGAGAUUGAAAAUUUUGAGAUCACAGAUUGGGAUUUGGCCAAUGAGUUCAACCCAGACCGUCGCAGACACAGACAGACCAAGGAGCAAAUGACUUAUGGCAUCUGGGCAGAAAGGGACUCUGAUGAGGAUGAGAGACCCAGUUUUGGAGGCAAGAAAUCUAAAGACUACACUGCUCCGGUGAAUUUUGUGAGUGCGGGGUUAAGAAAAACUGCAGCUGACGAGAAACAGGAAAGAGAAGAAGAAGAAGGUUCUGAUACUUCUGAUGAUGACACUUCUUCUGCACCUCCACCUGCUCGAGUGACAACGCCUAGAAAGCUUCAAAAGGGUAAUUUCCGUGGAAACCAGUCUCAGAGGUUUGCAGGAGGUAUACAGACCGGACAAGGAAUUGGUUCCUGGGAGAAACACACUAAAGGAAUUGGUCAAAAACUGCUGCAGAAAAUGGGCUAUCAACCAGGCAGAGGCUUGGGCAAGAAUGCGCAAGGUAUUGUCAAUCCUAUUGAGGCGAAGGUUCGGAAAGGAAAAGGAGCUGUGGGUGCUUAUGGCAAUGAACGAACCCAACAGAGUCUCCAAGAUUUUCCUGUGGUUGACUCGGAUGAGGAGGAGGAAAAGGAGUUUCAGAAGGAACUAGGUCAGUGGCGUAAAGAUCCGGCAGCCACUGGAGCAAAGAAGAAACCCAAGUACUCGUACAAAACUGUGGAGGAACUGAAGGCGAAAGGCAAACUUACUGGGCGCAGCACAGGAGCAUCUGCUGGAGAGCUGGCACAAGUCAAGGUAAUUGAUAUGACUGGAAGAGAGCAAAAGGUAUAUUCCAGUUACAGUCAGAUGUCCAACAAGCACAGUAUGCCAGAAGACGGUCCGCCAAGCACGUCCACGCGGGAUCAGAAGGGAUCCGGCUUUGCACUCCCUGAGCUUGAACAUAACCUUCAACUUUUGAUUGACCUUACGGAACAAGACAUAUUACAGUCAGCCCGCCGCCUGCAGCAUGAAAAAGAUGUGGUUGUGUCGCUGAGCCAUGAGUCCCAGGCACUGCAGACCAGGUUGGAAGAAGAGCAAGAUGCCAUCCACAGAAUGGAAGCGGUGCUGGCUCUGGUGGACCGUUUUCCUUCUGCAGAGACAGCACCGGGGGAGGGACCCACUUUGCAGGAGUGCGUCCACAUCUUUGAGACUUUACAGACAGACUUUUAUGAAGAAUACAAGACGAUGGGUUUGGCUGACUUGGCCGUAGCUGUAGUUCAUCCCUUACUCAAAGACAAACUUUUUUCCUGGAAUCCAUUGAAGGACUCUUCUCAUUGCCUUGAAGAGGUUGGUAAGUGGAGGGCAAUUCUCGAAUCUAGAAACCUUGUCAAUAGUGGUCACGAUUCAAACAUGGACCCUUACCACAGGCUGCUGUGGGAAGUAUGGAUCCCAGUGAUGCGGUCCUGUGUGUCCGGGUGGCAGCCUCGCAUGGUCGGGCCAAUGGUGGACUGUGUUGAUCUGUGGUCUCCUCUUCUUCCACUUUGGAUCUCAGAUUACCUGCUCGAGCAGCUUGUUUUACCUCGGCUACAGCGAGAGGUGGAUGCGUGGAACCCCUUAACAGACACGGUGCCAAUUCACUCAUGGAUUCACCCUUGGCUACCUCUGCUCCAAUCACGUCUCGAGCCUCUGUACGCGCCCAUCAGGAGCAAACUAGCUAAUGCUUUGCAGCGGUGGCACCCCAGUGAUGCCUCAGCACGCCUCAUUCUGCAACCGUGGAAAGAUGUUUUCAGCCCGGGAGCUUGGGAGGCCUUCAUGGUGAAAAACAUCAUCCCUAAACUAGCGUUGUGUCUGGAGGAGCUGGUUAUUAACCCUCACCAGCAGCAAAUGGAGCCCUUUCAUUGGGUGAUAGACUGGGAGGGUAUGCUAUCCCCAUCUAGUCUGGUUUCCCUCCUGGAUAAAAACUUCUUUCCAAAAUGGCUCCAAGUCCUGUGUUCAUGGUUGAGCAACAGUCCUAAUUACGAGGAAAUCACGAAAUGGUACCUCGGUUGGAAGACCAUGUUCAGUGAUGUCUUGUUGUCACAGACACUCAUAAAGGAAAAGUUCAAUGAAGCGCUGGACAUCAUGAACCGUGCAGUAUCUUCAGGCAUGGGUGGAUACAUGCAACCAGGUGCAAGAGAAAACAUUGCAUAUCUCACUCAGACGGAGAGAAGAAAGGACUUCCACUAUGAAGCCAUGCAAGAGCGCAGGGAUGCUGAAAGUGUCGCUCACAGGGGUGCCAGUGCGAGUGUACCCACAAACUUUAAAGAUCUCAUCCAGACCAAGGCAGAGGAGAACAACAUUGUGUUUAUGCCGAUAGUGGCCAAACGGCAUGAGGGCAAACAGCUGUACACAUUUGGACGCAUUGUCAUCUACAUAGACAGGGGGGUGGUAUUUGUGCAAGGAGAAAAGACGUGGGUUCCCACGUCUCUGCAGAGUCUGAUAGAUAUGGCUAAGUGAUUUUGAAUACUGGUCAUUAUGUAAAGCAUGAAUUCUCAAGUCAGGUCCUCAAGAGCACCUAUCCAGCCUAUUUUCGAUGUCUCCCUCCCCCAACAAAUGAUCAGCUCAUCAGCAAGCUUUACAGAAGCUUGAUAACGAUCCUGAUCAUUUGAAUCAGGUGUAUUGGAGGAGGGAGACAUCCAAAACAGGCUGGAUAGGAACUCUCCCCAUGAUCGAACUUGGGCACUCAUGAUGUAAAGGAUAAGUACAGUAAAUGUUCUCUUUUUGUGACUUCAUCAAAUAGGAUCACAAUGUUUGUACACUUUUUACACUGAUGUAGAAUUUCAAAUAAAUGAUAAGUUUUUGUUUAAAAAAA